AUGCUGUCAGAAAAACCAAAAGAACAUAGUCAUGUCGGUAAAUGGCCAUUGCUGACGUGCACCACUGUUUGCGGGUCGAGACAGGUCGACAGAAAGAGUAGAGCCAGGCACUGGGCACAUACGAUCAGCUGCUGCGUUUCCCUUAUCAUAUCAAUGGACUGCCUUGUCGGAAUCACUUGCCCGGUGCAUGUGUAA